UUUGCAAUUUUCAAUAACAGAUCGUUAUUAUUUGAUCAAGAUAUAGUUCGUCACUGAGAUAUCUCAUGAUUCAAUAAAAUUGGAAUUGAGCUUCGGGAUAUUAGGAGCUUUGGUUGCAGAGCAUGUCAUUCGCAGGGGUGCAUAGCAUAGCGCAAGGGGCAAGGAUAUAAUCGAAGUGAAUUGCCGCCACCUACGUGCAAUAGAUGGCUCUCAUUCACCUAUAAUAAAAGAUCAAUACCCUUGUAUGUGCCAUGACGUCACCGACAUAAGUAAAUAACUCCAUUUCAUUAAAAAAAAAAUUAAAUUCGCCGACAAAUAGUCCAUAUUCGAACCAAGUGCACCUUCGUCCUUGUAAACAACAUCGAAAUGCAUCGAUUCUGCUUAUAUUUCAUGGAAAAAGACGUAAUUAUAUAACCUAGAGGCUUCUUGAAACCAUUACCGAUACCUAGAAACGAAAACUUUUCGAAAAAUUAUGCCGGAACAAAGCAACGACUAUCGUGUGGUAGUGUUCGGGGCUGGAGGAGUUGGAAAAAGUUCCUUGGUGCUGAGAUUCGUAAAGGGAACGUUUAGGGAGAGCUACAUACCCACAAUAGAGGACACAUACCGACAAGUUAUCAGUUGCAAUAAAAACAUUUGUACCUUGCAAAUCACCGAUACAACUGGUUCACAUCAAUUUCCGGCUAUGCAAAGGCUCUCAAUAAGCAAAGGACACGCAUUCAUACUUGUCUUCUCAGUAUGUAGUCGACAAAGUUUAGAAGAAUUGAGACCCAUAAUGGAGGUGAUUCGAGAGGUUAAGGGCCCUGACCUAUCCCAGAUUCCAAUCAUGGUCGUUGGGAAUAAAUGCGAUGAGAGUGCUGAGUUGAGGGAGGUGAGUACAAGUGAAGGGCAGGCUCAAGCUCAAGAGUGGGGAGUUAGUUUCAUGGAAACGUCUGCCAAAACUAACCACAAUGUGAAACAGCUGUUUCAGGAGCUACUAAAUCUGGAAAAAUCGAGGAAUGUGAGCCUGCAAAUAGGUGGUAAGGCAAGCAGUCGAGUUGCUAAAGAUAAAUGCGAAGUUAUGUAAUUUGUAAUGUUGAGGAUAAUUGUUACAUUUUCAUGAUUUGAGAGGAAGACGACCCAAUUGUAAGAAAGUUUAAUGUUUUUAAUUCGAAGACCUUAGGGAUGAUUGUUAAUUCUUAAUUACCUAAGCAUCUCUAUUAUAAAUGAAAAUUGUUGCUCAUUCGUGAUCACUAUCAUAUUUUAGUAGUUUUACUAAGAAAAAAAUGAAUUGUUCGUAUUUUCGAGAAAUUUUUAAAAGGCUCAUUAGUUUUGAAGCACUCCAGACUUCAAAAAGAAUAAUUAAUUUUGACUCAAAACUCACGUAAGGCUAUUUGAGUAUUUGAAAUACGAUUUCUAGUAAAACUCAUUGCACCUCAAUUUUUUUCAUAACAUUCAUGAAAAUAGAAACUUCGGCUACCAAAAGGCGAUGUAGGAUGUAGACAUGAACAGUCGCAAAGACUAGCGAGUCAUGCUAUGUACCUCUCAUCCAACCAAACACCACCUGUCUGCACCAGCAAGAGCCACAUGACACUUUUAUACUGGUCAUCAAAUCGACUGUCCCUCUUUUUGAUUCAGGUGGACGUGAAACGUAACCCCCUUAUAAACUAAACUAAACUAACGUUACUAUCGAAAAGUUUCCGAAAAUGAAAACAGAUUUUCAGCUUACGUACAGGGUUUUAUCAUUGUUCAAAAAAAUUUCGAAAAUCUUCCUUUCAACCAACAUUUUGAACUGACACCAGACAAUAAGAUUUCUUGUUCUUAUUAGAAUAUGAAUAGUAUUUCUAUGUGGUAUUUUAGGAGUAACCGUUUUUGAAUAGAAAUAUCCUCAUUUGCAUAGUUUGUUUUCUCUAGAAUCUGCAUUGAAUUAAAGUGCUAAAAGGUACACCGAUUUUAUUACGUCAGUCAUUAUAGAUUCUUAUAUUAUGAAUAUACCUAAGUAAUAGAAAUUAAAGAAUGAAUGAAAAUAUAUCUGCCAUAAUUCAAACUAUAAUAUAAUAAUUAUGCUUUUCAUUCAUCAGCGGAAAAAUUCAUGUUUGUCUGGUCGCUCCCCUACUUUGUCAGUGUACAUAACCUCCACUAUGACUAAUCUAGAAGAAAAAAUAAUCUACAGCACUUCUUGUUUCCUAAUUGAAAUUAUACUCAUGGCAGAAGGUCCAGAAUAGAAAAACAAUUAAAAGACAUACAUAUACAGAAGAAUCAUGCUGAAUAUAGGUAUAAUUCAAUAAAUUUUCUACAAUUGGGUUUUCCAUUGAUAAUAAUUGUUACCUAGUCACCUAACUUUGAGUAUUCUCAAUGUUUUUUGAACGAUUCUCGAAAAAUAUUUUUGCUGUUAUUUUUUACUGAAUAUUGUUGUUGAAAAUUGAUAUUCAAGAGCAAUAUAAAUGUUCUUUCCAUUACUGAUUGUUACACCUAUACGACAAAAUCAAAGCACGGAUCUUCUUUAUAGUGUUAAAAUAAUUGUAAUGGCAUUUUUUCUCAACUUCUCUAAAGUGCUAAAAAAGCCGUCGGUUGCGAUACGACUUAAGGAAGUUUCAGGGGAUUUAUUUAAAGUCUUUAAUACAUAAUAUAAUGAUGAAUAAGUCGGAAAAUGUUUGAUUAGAUGUACCUAUAUCAUCCGGCAUCUGAUAAAAAACAGUCAAUAAAAAUAAUACAAUGGUCUAUGUUCAAUAUUAACAUAUCACGUUUCUAAAAUUUUUCUGAAUGAAUAUACCCCUGAAAAUUCUUCAGCUCAAUAUAGGUUUCGGUAGAUUGAGAAAGAUUUUUUUAUAAAUUUGAAAUAUAUAACUUUUAUCAUCGAGUAUUAACAGAAGAUUAAUUCUCAAUGCUUUCAUAUACUUGGAACAUAAAUAUGCUUAAUUUUGCACUGAAAAUUCUGUUUUUCUGGCUAAACGAGCCAUCGUGACACGCAAAAUGAAAUACCCAAAGGGCUAUUUGACAGUCGCAACAAAAUACUAUUAAAGAAAGUAAAAAUACUUCAAUUUACUGAGUAUUCAUGCAUAUUAUUAUUCUCAUAUCACUCGAAAAUAGAAGAAAUGUUAUAGAGUCGCUAUGUAAUACAGAAAUAGUUGAAUAUUUAAGGCUGAAUCCUUUUUAAGCGUUUCAACAAUGAUUUCUUUUUCUAAAAAAUCCAUUAUUCAAAUACAGUAUGCUUAAUUCUAUAUGUAAAGUUGGAACUGAUAGGUAUCAAUUUGAAUUCGUCUCAUUCCUGAUUGUUUUCAUGUAAGAAGAAAUGACAUGUAAACAAGUAUUGAGCAUGCUGUAUAGAAUCAGUAACGCAGUGGACCAUUGCAGGCAUUAGACUGUCUGACAUGUUUUUGUUGGAAGGCUUGAAAAGUGAAAUAUUGAAAUUUAGACUGGGUGCUAUCUAUCCAAUAUUAAAAUUGUUGGUGUUAUUUACCAUUUGUUAUGUAGGGGUUGUGUUAAUUCGAGAAAUUUAUUAUCAUGAAGAAUUCAAAUUUCAUCAUGCACCAUUUAUGAUUAAAAGCAAUGUGAUAAAAUUGGAAUAUCUUUCAGUCAUGAUGUCCAGAAAAAAUUGGAAUAUCUUUCAGUAAUGAUGAUCAGAAAAAAUUGGAACCCGAAAGGAAAAAAGUAAAUGAUUAAAUUCCUUCAGCGUAUAAUUGAAAAAGAAAUAUAGUUUUAUUGACUUUUAACGACUGAAAUAAUGUCACGAAUAUAAUGUUCUCACAAUUCCAUUCGAAUGCAUGCAGCCCCAUUGAAAAUAUGCUUUAUAGUGUUCACUAUAUGAACUGCAAUUGUGAUCAAACUAUUUUUAAGCGUAUUUAUGCAACGAAAUAUCUCAUAUUUGAAUAUUUAAUGAUUAGACUAGUCGGGAAUAGAUUGAAUUUUCGAUCGGUAGUUAAAAAUUUCAAAGUUUUAAUUUAGAGAAAUAUAAUAAAUUGGCUUCGAACUAGAAAAGCUUUAAGUCCUAUACGAACGACACAUUUUGGCAUAGAUUAUAUUCUUCAGAACGUUUUAGCUGAGCGUUAAAUUUCAGUAUAUUUUCGCUUAUGGAAGUUUAUUAUCCCUCUGUUCAAUACAAACUUAUAUCAUUUUGUUUUUGUAUUGCACAACUUUGUAUAUAGUUUUUUUAAUAAUAAUUGAUUAUAAAUGAAGAUUGUUUUGUAAUCAAGAUUCCUAUUAAAUACCUUCAAUAUA